CUCUCUCUCUCUCUCUCUCUCUCUGCCUGCGUCAUUUCCGUUUCCGUCGCCCCCUCUCCUCGGCCACACGUCCAAAACCGAAGGAGCAAGCCAACAAAACCGGGCCGAGUAACGCAGGGGGCGCGGGGCGUUGCGGUGCGACGCGCAGUGCAGCUCAUGGAGGCGGCGGCGGGGGCCGAGUACGGGUACUACGGCGGCGGCGCGGGCCCCCGCGAGAGGAAGCCCGCGGGGUGCGGGGACCACUUUGUCGUGGACGACCUCCUCGUGCUCCCGUACGACGACGACGAGGAAGGGGACGGGGAGGCGGCGGCCGGGGACGCCGAGGCCCCGCCGUGCCUGCAGGCCGUCGACGCCGCCGGCGUCAAGGAGGAGGGCGGCCUCGGGAAUUUCUCGGCCGACUCGUCCACCGUCACGGCCCUGGACAGCUGCAGCAACUCCUUCUCCGGGCUGGGCGACGGCGACUUCCCGGGGGAAUUCUGCGAGCCGUACGAUCAAUUGGCGGAGCUGGAAUGGCUGUCGAACUACAUGGGCGAGGGCGACGAUGCCUUUGCCACCGAGGACCUUCAGAAGCUGAAGCUCAUUUCCGGCGGGUUCACCCCGGCGGUGAACGUGCCACCGGCUCCCGUGGCCCCUGCGGCUCCGGCUUCGGCUGCCUCCGCGGCGCAGCCCGGUAUGUUCCUCCCGGAGGCGCCGGUCCCCGCCAAGGCCCGUAGCAAGCGCUCCCGAGUGGCGCCAGGCAACUGGUCGUCGCGCCUCCUCGUGCUGCCCCCGCCCCCGGCCUCGCCGACGUCGCCGGCGUCCAUGGCCAUCUCCCCGGCGGAGUCCGGCGUCUCGGCCCAGGUGUUCCCCGCCAAGAAGCCGUCGAAGCCGUCCAAGAAGAAGGACGCGCCGCCGGCGCCGCAGGCGCAGCCCUCGAGCGCGCCCGGGGCGCAGCCGGGUGGCUCGGCGGCGUCGGCGGAAGGGCGGCGGUGCCUGCACUGCGAGACGGACAAGACGCCACAGUGGAGGACCGGGCCCAUGGGCCCCAAGACGCUGUGCAACGCGUGCGGGGUGCGGUACAAGUCGGGCAGGCUGGUGCCGGAGUACCGGCCCGCGGCGAGCCCCACCUUCGUGAUGUCGAAGCACUCCAACUCCCACCGCAAGGUGCUGGAGCUGCGCCGCCAGAAGGAGGUGCAGCACCAGCCACCGCACGUGAUCGCCGGCGGUGGGCCUGGCGGGAUGAUGCACAUGCAGAGCCCGCUGCUGUUCGACGGGCCCGCGGGGCCGCCCAUCGUCUCCGGCGACGACUUCUUGAUCCACCACCACUUAGGGGCAGACUACCGGCAGCUUAUCUAGAUAUGAGUCUAGCUUGUGCUAGAAUUGAUCAGUUAGCCCAGUAAUAAUUAAUGCAGCUAAACCCCAAGAACUCCCAAAAAAAACUAUGGAAGAACUACUAAUCUUCUAUUAGGAGUUCUUUUCCCCAGUUUUUUCCUCUUCCUUUUUGCUUGUUAUUAGUUCGCGUGCUUCUGUUCAGCUCUUCGAAAUUUUCGUGUCGAUUUCUGUUUAUGACCUCCUGUUUUCUUUUCAGCUUAAAUUCGCUCCUAACCUUCUUCUUAGAACCUUGUUCUGAGUUUAAUUCCUUAGCUUUUUUUUCCAUUUCGUUAGCAUUCUGUAAUUCAGCCCUUCAAGGCUAUUAGUGUGCUCUCUUCCAGUUAUUCCCAAUAUGCUGCCAGAACAUGAAAAGGAAAAGUGAAAAUUUUGGCUUA